CGUGGUUAAACUACAAUACCCAUAUUUUUGAACCUACUUCUGUUGACAGCCGGUAGGCAACCUUUACAGCCUGGCUGUGUCACUGAUUAUAGUUUCAAACGGCGCCUUAAGAGAGUCUUAGGAAGAACCAAUACAACUGUCGGGAGGAGAGACACAGGGACCAAUGUCUCCUCCACGCCUAACAGGUGCGCUGCGUUCAUUCUCUAAUGUCAGCAAGAAGGAGGAUCCCACGGAACAGCUGUAUGACCUGAAGGCCAAGCGCCUGAAGAGACAAGAGCUGUUUGCCAGGGAGGGCCUAACAUGGCAGAAGAUUGUCCAUUUUUGUUCUGAGCAUCAGGAUAAAGCUGAGCAGCGAGCUGCCAGUCAAGAACUGAAGAGCCUCCUUCAGGCAGCCAAACAGAUUGUUGGUACUGAACAUGGUCAAGAGGCCAUUGAAUGUGCUGCUGUCUUUCUGUUUGAGACCUUCCAAAACAAAGACCAUGUUGGCACUGAGGAGACUCGUGCAAUUAAACAGAUGUUUGGGCCAUUUCCAUUAUCUGCAGCUGAAGCGUCCUGUGCUUGUGUGGCUCGGCUGGUGGCUUCAUUCGGUGACUCCAAAGUUGAAGAUUUUAUCAAAACCAAGAGUUCUCGUCACAACCCCCAGCGAGGCCCUUCGUUUGGAUGCAACAUUUCCUUUUCAUAUGACUUCUACACACUUGACCCACUGGAUGACCUCCAAGGCUCUGGUCUGGGCGAUGACAGAGUGGAACUAGACUUUAUUAACUUUCUAAAUAAUCAGCAGAGUGGAAAUAAGUUUGCCAGUGAAGACGAUGUACCCCGCUCUGGAACAGAUUUAGGCUCUGGGGAUGGAUCCAUCCUUCGAAGAGAAGUGGAGAAAUACUUGGAAAGAGGGAACAUGAUUUCGUCCAACCCAGAGGAGCUGUGCACCUCCGUGUUUGAGAUGUUGACCUCCCAUAGGAGUGACGAUGAACUGCAGAAUGAGCUGUUUGAACUGCUGGGACCAGAGGGUCUGGAAAUGAUAUCCACCAUACUACAGCGCAGGGCAGCUAUUGUCGACUCCUUCCUCUCUUUCCCAAAUGAAAGGACAGGAUACCUACCAGAUGUCAGCCGAAAGGUCAGUGGUGAAAUGGCCAAGCCUGCCUUCGGCUGCCAGGUGACCAUCCAAUCUGAGAAGGAGAAACAAAUGAUGAAAAUUUACCGGCGUGAAGAAAAGAAAGAGAAAAAGAAAGCCAAAGGAACCGAUGAUAUUGACUCCUCAGAGGUUGUCAUGACCUUUGACCCAAAAGAGAUGAGAGCUCAGCGAGAGCAGGCCCUGCUGAAUGCACGUUAUGAACCUCUCAUAACUAGGGAAAGAGUUUAUGAACGGAUCCGAUAUCCGAAUGUCUACGACAGCUAUGCAGAGGCAACAAAAGCACCUGCAUUUGUUGGAGGAGCCAGGCUGCUGUUGCCGGAGGGAAUCCACAGGGACAACAAUAAGAUGCGUGAGGAGGUGGAGAUCCCACCUAAUGAACCCAUGCCUAUUGGGUUUGAGGAGAGGCCAGUCUACAUCUCUGAACUGGAUGAGAUCGGACAGCUGGUGUUCAAGGGAAUGAAACGUCUGAACAGGAUCCAGUCUAUAGUGUUUGAGACGGCCCACAAAACCAAUGAAAACCUUUUGAUCUGCGCUCCAACGGGCGCUGGCAAGACCAACAUCGCCAUGCUGACAGUCCUGCAUGAGAUCCGUCAGCACCUGCAGCCUGGUGGCAUCAUCAAAAAGGAUGAAUUCAAGAUAGUAUAUGUGGCUCCAAUGAAGGCCUUGGCAGCUGAGAUGACUAAUUACUUCAGUAAGCGAUUGGAACCCCUGGGCAUCACUGUUAAAGAACUCACAGGAGACAUGCAGUUAACCAAAGGAGAGAUCCUUCGAACACAGAUGUUGGUGACAACUCCAGAGAAGUGGGAUGUUGUAACCAGGAAAAGUGUUGGGGAUGUGGCUCUUUCUCAAAUUGUACGUCUCCUGAUCCUGGAUGAAGUUCAUCUUCUACAUGAAGAUCGAGGACCAGUACUAGAGAGCCUGGUGGCAAGGACUAUCAGACAGGUGGAGUCUACCCAGAGUAUGAUCAGGAUCCUGGGACUGUCAGCCACCCUGCCGAACUAUCUGGAUGUGGCUGCCUUCCUGCACGUCAACCCCUACAUCGGUCUGUUUUAUUUUGACAGCCGCUUCAGACCUGUACCUCUGGGACAAACCUUUGUUGGCAUCAAAACCACGAACAAGAUCCAGCAGAUUCAUGACAUGGAAGAGGUGUGUUAUGACAAAGUUCUGCAGCAGAUUAAAGCCGGUCAUCAGGUCAUGGUGUUUGUUCAUGCCCGCAACGCCACAGUGAGGACAGCCUUUGGGUUGAUAGAGAUGGCAAAAAACCACGGCGAAAUCGGUUUCUUUCAGCCAGAACAGGGUCCAGACUACGGCCAGUGUGAGAAACAGAUCCAACGCUCCAGAAACAAGCAGAUGAAGGAAAUGUUCCCAGACGGUUUUGGGAUCCACCACGCUGGCAUGCUGCGGUCUGACCGCAGUAUGAUGGAGAGCUUGUUCUCUAAAGGCCAUCUGAAAGUGCUGGUCUGCACUGCCACCUUAGCCUGGGGAGUGAACCUGCCAGCCCAUGCAGUUCUCAUUAAGGGAACUCAAAUCUAUGAUGCAAAGCGUGGUGCUUUUGUGGACCUGGGAAUUCUGGACGUUAUGCAAAUUUUUGGUCGAGCGGGUCGACCUCAGUUUGACAAGUACGGAGAGGGCACCAUCAUCACCACCCAUGACAAGCUGAGUCAUUACCUCACCCUGCUCACCCAGCAAAAUCCUAUUGAGAGUCAGUUCCUGGGCAGCCUGGCUGACAACCUCAAUGCAGAGAUUGCUCUGGGAACUGUGACCAAUGUGGAGGAGGCUGUGAAGUGGCUCAGUUACACUUACCUGUAUGUCCGAAUGAGGGCCAACCCACUGGCAUACGGCAUCAACUACAAAACCGUCCAGAUGGAUCCAGCUUUGGAGCUGUACAGGAAGGAGCUGGUGGUGGAGACCGGGCGGAAGCUGGACAAGGCGAAGAUGAUCCGCUUUGAGGAGCGCACUGGCUACUUCGCCUCCACAGACCUGGGCAGGACUGCCAGCCACUUCUACAUCAGAUACAACACCAUGGAGACAUUCAACGAACAUUUUAACUGUCACAAUACCGAAGCAGACAUCCUCAGAAUUGUGUCCAAAGCAGAGGAGUUUGAUCAAUUAAAGGUCCGUGAUGAAGAGUUGGAGGAGCUGGACCAGUUGCUGAAUAACUAUUGUCAGGUGCCUGCAUCGGGCGGUGUGGAGAAUGGUUACGGCAAAGUUAACGUUUUGCUGCAAACUUACAUCGGACGGGGAGAGGUUGAGAGCUUCUCGCUCAUCUCUGACCUCUCUUAUGUGGCACAGAACGCUGCUCGGAUUGUCAGGGCUUUGUUUGAGAUCGCUCUGAGGAAGCGCUGGCCUGCCAUGACCUAUCGACUGCUCAAACUUUGCAAGGUGAUCGACAAGCGUCUGUGGGACUUUGCCCAUCCUCUCCGCCAGUUCCCCAACCUAAGCCAUGUCAUUCUCAACCGCUUGGAGGAGAAGAGGCUCACUGUGGACAAGCUGAAGGAAAUGAAGAAGGAUGAGAUUGGUCACAUCCUGCACCAUGUCAACAUUGGAUUAACUGUCAAGCAAUGCGUCCACCAGAUUCCUGCAUUCACAAUGGAGGCGAGCACCCAGCCAAUCACACGCAGUGUUUUACGUGUGCGUCUCAUCAUCACUCCUGACUUCCGCUGGAAUGACCAGGUCCACGGGUCUGUGGGUGAGCCAUGGUGGUUGUGGGUUGAAGAUCCCAUCAAUGAUCAUAUCUACCACUCUGAGUACUUCCUUCUGCAGAAGAAACAGGUGGUGACCAAAGAGCCUCAGCACGUAGUAUUCACCAUUCCUAUCUUUGAGCCGUUGCCCUCGCAGUACUACAUUAAGGCAGUGUCUGACCGCUGGCUCGGGGCAGAGGCUCUGUGUGCCAUCAACUUCCAGAACCUCAUUCUACCUGAGAGACAUCCCCCACACACUGAACUCCUGGACCUGCAGCCAUUGCCUGUGACAGCUCUGGGGAACCGAGAGUUUGAGAGUCUGUACAAGUUUACUCACUUCAAUCCCAUCCAGACGCAGAUCUUUCACACACUGUACCACACUGACACCAACGUCCUGCUGGGGGCGCCAACAGGCUCUGGGAAAACCAUUGCAGCUGAGAUGGCCAUGUUCAGGGUCUUCAACAAGUAUCCAUCCUCUAAGGUUGUCUACAUUGCUCCUUUAAAAGCCUUGGUGAGAGAGAGGAUUGAGGACUGGAAGGUCAGAAUUGAAGAGAAACUAGGAAAAAAAGUGGUAGAGCUGACAGGUGACGUGACUCCAGAUAUGAGAGCUAUAGCACAAGCUGACCUCAUUGUCACUACACCAGAGAAAUGGGAUGGAGUGAGCAGAAGUUGGCAGAACCGAAGCUACGUACAAAAGGUGGCCAUUCUCAUCAUAGAUGAAAUUCACCUGCUGGGUGAGGACAGAGGCCCUGUGUUGGAGGUCAUUGUGUCCAGAACUAACUUCAUCUCCUCCCACACUUCAAAGAGUGUGAGAGUGGUGGGACUGUCCACAGCUCUGGCCAACGCUCGGGACCUCGCUGACUGGCUGGGAAUCAGACAGGUGGGAUUGUUUAACUUCCGUCCGUCUGUGCGUCCUGUCCCACUAGAAGUUCACAUUCAUGGUUUCCCAGGACAACACUACUGUCCCCGCAUGGCCAGCAUGAACAAGCCCACCUUCCAAGCGAUACGCAGUCACUCACCCGCCAAGCCAGUCCUGAUUUUUGUGUCAUCAAGAAGGCAAACCCGUCUAACUGCCCUGGACCUCAUCGCCUAUCUGGCCACAGAGGAUAACCCCAAGCAGUGGCUGCACCAAGAUGAGAGAGAGAUAGAGGACAUCAUUGCCACAGUGAGGGAUUCCAACCUGAAGCUGACCCUGGCCUUUGGGAUUGGCAUGCACCACGCUGGCCUUCAUGAGAGGGACAGAAAGACGGUGGAGGAGCUGUUUGUCAACUGUAAGAUCCAGGUUCUGAUUGCCACCAGUACUCUGGCAUGGGGAGUAAACUUUCCUGCUCACCUGGUGGUUGUCAAAGGAACAGAAUACUAUGAUGGGAAAUCCAGGCGCUAUGUGGACUAUCCCAUUACAGAUGUCCUGCAGAUGAUGGGACGAGCUGGUCGCCCACAGUUUGAUGACCAGGGCAAAGCAGUUAUUCUGGUUCAUGACAUCAAGAAGGAUUUCUACAAGAAGUUUCUCUACGAACCAUUCCCUGUUGAGUCCAGCCUCCUCAGUGUGCUGUCAGACCAUCUGAAUGCAGAAAUUGCUGCUGGAACCAUCUCAUCCAAGCAGGAUGCCAUGGAUUACAUUACAUGGACGUACUUCUUCAGAAGGCUGGUGAUGAACCCCAGUUAUUACAGCCUUGAGGACAUCGGCCAUGACUCCAUUAACAAAUUUCUGUCCAACUUGGUGGAACGAAGCCUGCGGGACCUGGAAUGCUCUUACUGCAUUGAGAUUAAAGAGGAUGAUCAGACAGUUGAGCCACUGACAUACGGUCGCAUUGCUUCUUAUUACUACCUGAGGCACGAGACCAUCCGGAAGUUUAAGGAACAACUGAGGCCUGAGCUGCCGCUGCAUGAUCUGCUCUCUGUCCUCACGGAUGCGGAGGAGUACGCUGAGCUACCGGUCAGACACAACGAGGACCAGCUUAACAGCCAGCUAGCUCAGCAGCUCCCUCUGCAGGUCAACCCCCACUCCUUUGACAGUGCGCACACCAAGACUCAUCUCUUGCUGCAGGCACACUUCAGCCACGCCCAGCUCCCCUGUAGUGACUACACCACCGAUACAAAGACAGUUUUGGACAACGCCAUUCGAAUCUGUCAGGCGAUGCUGGACGUAGCUGCCAAUGAAGGCUGGCUUGUCACGGCCCUCAGUAUCUGCAACCUGGUGCAGAUGAUCGUCCAGGGCCGCUGGCUGCACGACUCUUCAUUACUAACACUUCCACACGUUGAACAACAACACCUCUAUCUGUUCAGGAAAUGGGCAAGUAAGAAAGGAAGGAGUGGUGCUGAAGGCUUCUGUGGACUAGUUGAAGGACUCCCAGAGCUUAUUGCUGCCUGCAGUGGUAAAGAAAGUGUUUUCUCUGCUAUUGUCUGCCAGGAGUUUCACCAUAGUCAAAUACUCCAGGCAUGGUCCUUCCUGAGUCACCUCCCAGUGCUGGAGGUCCAGAUGAGUGUGAAGGGCUGGUGGGAGCAGAGCCAGGAGCAGAUGGAGCGUGCCCUCCCUGCAGCGGGCGCUAACCUCAGAGAGGAGAGCAGCUGGUUGGACCUCCAUGCUGACCAAGAGUACGUUCUGCAGGUGUCGCUGCGUCGGAUUAAUCUGGGUCAGCAGAGGAGAAAGCAAGACAGUAAGGCCCAGGCUCCCAGGUUCCCUAAGGCAAAGGAUGAGGGCUGGUUCCUCAUCAUGGGGGAAGUGGAUCGCAAGGAGCUGCUGGCUGUCAAACGGGUCGGAUAUGUGCGGAAUCAUACAGCUGUGUCUGUGGCAUUCUACACUCCAGAGAAGACUGGAAAGUGCAUCUACACGCUGUAUGUGAUGAGUGACAGCUACCUGGGCUUGGACCAGCAGUAUGACAUCCACCUGAAUGUAACACCUGCCAGCAUUGCAGCGCAGGUCAACACAGAAGUGGUGGACUCGGUGACCGGACUGUCCCUCAGCUGAAGACCAGCAACAGAGAAACCUUUGACUUGCCCCAGCAUAGCAGCAGUUCCGGCCUCAUUAACAGGGAGGUGGGGGAUCUGAAACACAGUGACCAACUUACCCAAAUUUCCUUUUUGGCCUGACACAUGUGUCCUUAUUUUUUCACGUUAUUGGAAUUUUCUAAAGUUGGAAUGAAAUUAACUGUGGUCCAAACACUUUGGUCAAACAGCUACAAUAAGACUAUCAAACAACUUCUUUAUCUCUGAGCAGCCAGUUUGGACCUGUGUUUAGAGUGUUGAGCAAGCUGCCCCACCUUGAGAGAACAUAAAGUAACACGAGGGAGUUCUUCAUCCAGCUGAUCCAUUCUCAGGAGUGUGGAUGUGUAUGAGUAGCUCUCAUACUGUUAUUUCAUGGUACCAUAGUGGCUCUAUUAAAUCUACAGGUUCUUGCUACUCAACCUCCAGAUGCUGAAAGACCUGUUGCUCACAUUAGCAUCAGCCCAAUGUGAGGUUUGCUUGUCAAAACGUGGACCAUUACAGAACAUUAUCAGCUCAUUUAUUCCUCACUCAAGUAACAUAAAACAGCUUUGGAAACUUUCCACUUGAACUGAAUGCAGCAGGUUGGAAAUUUGACAUAAAUUCCCUUCAUAGUUUACUUUAAGACAAUAGAAAUUCACACCUGGUUAUUCAACUCUAGAUAAAAAAGUUUUGUUUUCCUACGUCCUUAGUGCUGGUGGCAGAAAUCAUUUGUUUAAUAAGGAUUUUUCUGAUUGGUGAUAAUCAGCUUUCAGUUCAUGAGCAGAUUUAGUUUGUUUGAAACUGGCCUGACUGACCUCCCAACAGCAGAGGGACAAAUGAUUUCCUUCUGGCAGGUUUACAAGCUGGCAGCAUAGUUCAUGAAGGGCCGUUACUGAUUCAUGUUGCGGCCUUUAGACAGUCUGCAGGGAUUUCUACACAUUGUUAUAACAUGGAUAUGGAUAUUGUUGAGUGUUAUGUAAUUAAAAUGUACUUUGGCUGGAACAUUGAAAGAAAACACUCAGUUCUAACAGUUCUAAGAGCAAACAGCAAUGAACAGAACCAUUCAAGACAAGCCUUGAGUCAACCUCUCUGGACUUGUGGGAAACAGGAGACCCAUAGCAGUUAUAAUUGAUCUAAUCUGAGAUAAGAUAUAAGGCAAAGAACAUUUUCUAAAAAUGUGUUAGUUUUAUUUCCAUGUUAAGAUGGAAAGUUAAGUUUACAACUUUAAAUGAUAUUUAGAUAUGAAUGAAACAUGUAUUGCAGCGGGUUAAACUGAAAAAGGCCGACUGAUCUGCUAGAGUAGAUUUAAAGCAGCAGGCGUGUUCUCAACAGAUGAUUUACUCAAGAGAACUGUUCUGAUUUUCCUCAUCACCGACGUUCCUGGAGGUCCUUCAGAGUUACUAACAGGACCAACACCCGAGUCACCAACCAGAAUAACUGUGGCAGAAAUGGCUUUGAAAUCUGUUUGUGUUGAAUGUGACAUUGUAAAACAAGUCAAGCUGCUUUGAUGCCAAACCCUGGAAUUAUUUCAAAAUAAAGUUUCACUCUGCA